AUGGCGACGUCCGCAGAGAAGACAAGCAUGGCGGGCACAUCGACUGCGGAGGCGACAUCGCGGAAGUUCAAGGCUUCCGAACUGCCGUUGCCGUCCGCGACACGAGCGGCGAUCGAGUCUCUGGCACACAGCUUCAAAAAAGAAGGCGCUUACGAUUCCAUACGGAAGCAGGUUUGGGACAAGUUUGCAGCUAGCGACUACGAGGCUCAGGUUACAAAGGCCAUCAUCGAGGUGGCCGAGCAAGAAGUCGAGCGCAACCCCCAUCAGCUCCUGACGUUGGACCGUAGAAAGGCCGCAGCUCUCAUCGAUGGCGCGUUGGAGCGAUCGGGAGUGUAUCACAAGGCCGAGGAAGUCAUCGGAGAACUGAUUGACGUCGGCGCAAUCGAGCAGAGUAUUCGGGAGACCAGGCGAGCCGAGAUCGGUGAGGAAAUCGCCAACGAGGAGCAAAAACGAGGGGCCAAGACGGACGAGGAAUAUGCCGCCGAUACCGCAGCUAAGCAAGCCGAACGCGACAGAGUACGAGAGGAACUGAAGCAGAAAGAAGCUGCUAUUGAAGAGGAAAAGAGGCGUAUCGCCAAGGAAGAACGCCGCAGAGAAGAAAAGGAGCGUGAGAAGGCCGAACUCAAACGCCAAGAAGAAAGAGAUGAGCGCCGAAGGAAGCGCGAGAACGAGCGUGAGGAGAGAGAGCGACAACGUGACUUGGAGCGAGAGCAACGGCACAAGGAACGAGAGAAGCGGGAGAAGGAAGAAAGGGAGCGCGAUCGUGACAGAGAUCGCGACAGAGAUCGCGACAGAGAUCGAGAUCGGGACAGGGACAGGGACAGAGAUAGAGACAGGGGCCGCGACCGUGAUCGUGAGCGUGAUCGCGAUCGUGAUGGCUCUCGCAAGGAGAAGGUGGUUCUGUCUGAAGAGAUGAAAGAGAAAAUGUCCAAGGAGGAUCAUGAGCGACUGGAACAAGAGGCUUUGGCCGACCUGUUGCGAGAAAGCAGCAAAUCAACACGCACAAAGCUCGAGAUGGAGAUUGAUUCUACCUUGGCCCCCCCUCCCAAGAAGAUUGAAAACCAAGCGAAAGGAGAGACUCGAUACCAGCCAUCGACCCAAAACUGUCAGGAGCAAAGGACGAGCGCCCUUCUAGCAGAAGCGUCUCACGAACUCACGAAAAAGACAACGAUAGGGAUAGGGAUCGAAGCCGCCCACGAGACACGGAUGACCGGCGCCGCCGUGAUCAUCGUUCAGACUCGCCAAGGCGCGAUCGUAGUCGUUCCAAAGUUAGAGAUAGAAGGGAUCGAAGCCGUUCAAAGCUGCGGAGAGACAGGAGUCGGUCUCGGCGCCGAAGAGAUGACAGACAUGAGCGAAGUCGCUCGAGAUUUAGACGCGAUCGAUCUGUUGCUAGAAGCAGCUCAAGGCGACGGGUUCGAAGUCGGUCACGCGCUAGAUCUGCCAGACGAGAGAGGAGCCGUUCCCGAAUCAAGACCGAACGACGAGACCGUAGUAGGGAUCGCAGCAGGGACCGGAGGGAGCCUUCGCGCUCUCAUGCAAGAGCCGACCGACGUGACAGAAGCCGCAGCGGUUCUCGUCUACGCACUGAUCGACGCGAUAGGAGCCGCUCCCGUGCUCGACGACAACGCAGUCGGUCAAGAGAUAGUCGUCGCGGCGCAGCAGACUCCUACUAUCCCGGAUCGAGACCAACGAAAGGACCGGGACCGGGAAAGAGACCGUACCAGCGACCGACGAAGCCGCUCGCGGUCUCGACCAGGAUCAUCCGCCGUGCCUCACGGAGCUUCUAAGGACGAGCUCGAGGAGUGGAAACUCGAAGAAGUCAAGAAGCGGGAGAAGGAGGCCAAGGCUUACCUGGCGGCUCAGAAGGACGCCAGAGAGAAGGGCCUGCCUAUCCCCGGCGUGGACGACAAGAAGAACAGUGGUGAGAGAACACUUGCCGCGCGGCACAAGGGUGAUGGACAAGCAGUUGACAGAUAUGCCCCUGGAGCCCGGGACGAUCGACAUAGGAGCAGAUCGCGGAGCAACAGUCGGGAUAGGACCCGGUACCGCGAGCGAGACAGAGACAGAGACAGAGACAGAGACGGAGAUCGAGAUCGAGAUAGGGACCGACGAGACCGCGAUAGAGACCGUGACCGCGAUAGGGAUAGGGAUAGGGAGCGGGAGCGGGACAAGGACCGGAGAGACCGUGACCGAGAUCGAGAUCGCGACAGACGGGCCAGACGAGACCGCAGCUUAUCCCCCCGCCGAGAGAGACACCGCAGCCGGAGCCGCCGUCGCAGUAGGAGCCGAUGA